CAGAAGAGCCCGGAAGAGAGUGGAAGGCGGAGCCAGCUCCAACGUCUUCUCCAUGUUCGAUCAGUCCCAGAUCCAGGAGUUCAAGGAGGCCUUCACCAUCAUGGACCAGAACCGGGAUGGCUUCAUCGACAAGGAGGACCUGAGGGACACGUUCGCGGCCCUGGGCCGCAUCAACGUCAAGAACGAGGAGCUGGAGGCCAUGGUGAAGGAGGCCCCGGGGGCCAUCAACUUCACCGUCUUCCUCACCAUGUUUGGGGAGAAGCUCAAGGGCACAGACCCCGAGGAGACCAUCCUCCACGCCUUCAAGGUGUUCGACACGGAGGGGAAGGGCUUCGUCAAAGCCGAUCUCAUCAAAGAGAAGCUCAUGACCCAGGCGGACCGGUUCAGCGAGGAGGAGGUCAAGCAGAUGUUCGCGGCUUUCCCGCCAGAUAUGUGCGGCAACCUGGACUACAGGAACCUGUGCUACGUCAUCACGCACGGCGAGGAGAAGGACUAGCCGCGGCCGG